AUGACAACUGCGCAUAGGCCACAGCUGGAGGCUCGUAACGGUGCGAAAGGUGCGCUGGUUCCUACGGGCACAGAGCAUGCUCGUUUGCUUCCGGGACACACGGAGUUGAAGGCCAGGAAGCCCAAGAAUAAGACUACCUCUCAGAUACAGACUAGUUCAGAUGCAGGUUCUGUUGAUGAUAGUACUAGUGCUGGUACAAAUAUUGGUACUGGAAGUGCGACUCUCGGACCGAGUCAGGUACAGAAGAUGAUACAACCGCUUGAGGUCGAGGAUAAGAAGGAUAUCAAACUGGUGAAGAAAGAAGACGAUAGUGUGUCCUGGGGGAAGACCGCAUUUAGCCGAAGGAAGAAAGUGGUGAAGCCUGAGAAGUUUACUAACGAUACCGUGAGGUCACAGAAGCACAAGGAGUUCUUGAACAGGUUCGUCAAGUAG